CUGAGUACCACUGAAAGAUUGCAUGAUAUGGUUAAUCACAACUAUUUCGUCUUCUUUCUUUGUCCUGAUUACAAGAAUUCUCGCUGUGGCAUGGUGCAGCUUUUCUACUACGAAAGCCGCGGGACUCGUUGCGAUUACGCCGUGGAACGUGAGGGUGGAGACUUUCUUAUUGUCGAGCUACACGCCUUCGAAGGCUGGCCCCAUGCGGCUUCCGGUUGCCGACUAAACAUUUCCUUCCCCUGGUUCACAAAGCGCUGGUGUCGUGUGGUACAGGUACUGGGCGAGAAAAGCUGA